UGUCAUUUUAAUUUGGGACGGAGGGAGUAUAUAUGUUACUACCUAGGUAGCAUCAUAUAUAUUUGUCCUUGUUGAUCCUUUCUAAAGCCCCGGAACUAUUUUGGCCAACAACAUUAUAUUGAUGAUGAUGGCAGGGAGAGGUAUCUAUGGGGAGAAGUUGCAGCUCUACUCAUCUUGGUUGAGCUCAUGUGCAUUUCGUGUUCGCAUAGCUCUCAAUUUGAAAGGAUUGGACUAUGAGUAUAAAGCUGUUAACUUGCUCGAAGGAGAACAUACCAAGCCUGCACUUGAAAAGCUACUAAAAGAUUAUGAUGGAAAAUAUGCUACUGGAGAUGAAGUUUACAUGGCCGACUUGUUUCUGGCACCUCAGAUCCAUGGAGCGAUCAAGAGAUUUGAAAUUGACAUGAAUGAAUUCCCCACUUUGUUAAGGGUAUUUGAGGCUUACCAAGAGUUACCUGCUUUGCAAGAUGCUAUGCCAGAAAAGCAGCCUGACGCAACAAUCUGAGCAAGGAACUACGCCAAGGAUGAGGAUAGUGUCUGGUUCUUUCAUGUCAGAUCAAAGGAAGUAGUGUGCAAAUCCUUGGAUUCUUGAAACAUGUGUUUCUAGUUAUGCCUUUUUUCCUUGUGUAAACUACUUUGUGAUCGAUAAAAGUAUAUAUGUGUACCACUUCAGUCAUGAAUGAUCAGGAGAUACAGAAGUUCAGACAGUGAAAAUGAUAUUGUUCCUAUCUGCAGUAUAGGUUCUAAUUUUUAAGA